UUGCACGUUGUUAGAGAGUUAGAAGGUAUCAUAGGCGCCGCGGGAAAACAGUUUGCGCCUCACGAGCACGAGUGAUAUACGAGCUUGAUGCUUUCUGGCUUUGCACUCUCCUGAGGAAAGCAAUCGGGAAACGCGGAUCUAGGAGCGACGAAGGAGCGAAAGAUAUGGAAAGACCGAUAUAAUCUCAAUUAAUUUCUAAAACGAACCACGUAUUUGUUCGUUGUAUUGGACGUGAGCUGAAGAAACUUCAAUCCUGAAUUAAUUGGAAAAUCCGCAGAUAUAAUGAAAAGCACUUUAAAGUUUCAGACCGCUCUAUAUUGAAAAGAGAUUUAAAGUUUUGAAUACAUACAGAUUCUCUUCGUAUUUAUGUAUAUGUAUUUAUCAUAAACUUGAGCUUAUUAUUGCUGAAUAACUUUAUUAUUUACUGUGUGAGUUUACGUCUUUUAAAAGCUUGCUCAAAGACGGUGGGAAAAUAGUACCUGGGUUAUAGCAUCGAGCUGUCAAACAGAUCGACGAAGUGUGGGGUUGAGGAGAGAUCAGGCAGGGUUGCUCGGCAGCGAGGAAGAGAAAGGACACGAGUAAGAAGGGGGACAAAAGCCAGAGAAGGGAUACUCGCGACAGCCACCGGCUCAGUGCGCUUCUACUCUCCGUCAGGUGUAUCUCGUAGAUCAUCGCACGGAUCGUCAAUCAUCUCGAUUCAGACAAGUGAUCGUCGAGUUCACCGAAAACAUUGCCGUGUGAAAAGCGCGUCUGGAUCGAUCUCGAUCGGGCGAACGCUCCAGGUUACUGCCAGAUUUCCGUCUCGCGCCGGAAACGCGAUGGUUGUCAGCACGUGAUUAUUGUACGAAAUCGUGAUCGCAUGAUUGUGUCCACGAUAUUGUCGAGCGUGACGGGUUUCCAUCGGCGGCAUUCACAUGAUGGACGGAAUGUCGACCUCAGGAUGGAAACCGAGGUCCGGUCGCUCAAACAAGAACUGAUACGCAGCCAGGAUGCCCUGAAAGCCGCCACGAAGAGAUGCAGGGAGCUCGUGAAAGAGUUGGACUAUCGUGUCGUCGGCCACGAGUCCGAGAGGAUUCUACGAGACCAGCAGCUCUCGAGAAUCCUGAGGGCAUUACUGGUGCUGGAGGCGCGUCUUAAGCAGGAGCAGAAGUCGAUCAGGCAGAUGCUCUUCGAAAAGGACAACGUCAUCAGAAAUCAGCAGCUGGAGAUCGCAAUGCUUAGGCGAUACACGAAAAAUUAUAUUAAGAGCAAGCGCGAACGAACAACCGCUGACGUCGAAGUCAAUGCCAACAUCAAUAAAAACCUGCAGAAUUUAGACAAUUUACAAAAAGAGACAAUGCGGGAGAACAGUAUCGGCAAGGACAUCGCCAGUCUAAAAUGCGAAAUAAUCACGCGGCUGAAUCCGGUGUCCGGCAAUCUGGACGAGCUGGACCGCAACGGCGUGAAAAAGACGCACAGCUUUGCUGGUAGCGAUAUCUCCAAAGCCAGUUUAACCAGCAGCGAGAAUACAGACGCGUCCAUUAUCACUACGACGACGGAGGGCAGUCCUUCGUUGCUCAGCACGGAGGGCUUCUGCGAGGGAGAGAGCACAGACGUGUCGCCGGGAUCGACCCUGAACAAGUGCUCGAGCAGAUGUACGCCGACGACAGUGACAGACAGUGAAAACGAGACGACAAUGAUUCUAGAUGAGGAAGACGUAUUAAAGAAAGACGGAACGACAAUAAAAAAAAGGACGUCUCUUCGCAGGGCGAAGAACGAAAAAGCGUCGAAAGGUCCUCCCGAGGUAAUCGAGGUGGUGAACAUCGCAAGAACGGAGAGUAAGGACGACGGGAUGGAUUGUAAUUUUGUUUCGGAGGAUGAGGAUUCGCAGGAUACGAGGAUAAAUCAGGAAAAAGAAAGGGAACCGAUUUACGUGAAUGCCUGCAACGAGACGAACGAGAGAAAUCUACAGCAGACGGAACUGUUGAGAACGGAAGAUGAUUAUAGCAAUAAUAACAGCAUUGACAUGGACAUGGAAACCCCCGAGCUGACAGUGGAGGAUACUAGCGGUAAUUGGUAUAGCGAUCCCGAUGAGGAUCGACUAAACGAUGACGUAUUCAGGCACAGUACUUAUCGGCCCAAUAGCAACCACAACUCCGUACUAGAAUGUGUGAACCAGAUCCUUCUACAAGAUAUGGAGGAGGAGGAGAAUCCAAUGCUGUCAGUGCCACGUCGUUUUAAACACCGCGGCAGAAUCGUGCGUUUCCAGCCAGCUAGAUUGUCCGAUAUUGAAUCGGUGGGCUCAGAAAUGGAGAGGAGGAACUCCGAAGAAUCCAAUCCGGACAAUAAGGAUUCCUCGAAGGACGACGAAGCUGCGGAAAAUGAGACAAGCGCGUCCGAGGACGAAUUCGGUAUGAGAAUCGUUCAGAAAGAUGAACCAGACGAUGAUCCAGAUUCGAAGGACUCCAAGGCGAUUCCGCUGAUUAUUAUCGAGCCGAAAGUCGAUAUCGAGGAAACCAGGAAGGUCCUGACAAAGCCCCAAACGGGCAGUCCUCCAUUGAAAAUGGAAAGGAUCGAAGAGAAGACAUGCCUGCAGAUGUCUGCGAGGGGGCUGACUAUCGCUAGGAAUCUCGAUUACGAGGACAUCGAGUCGCUGCCGGAAGUAGCAACGGCGACGACAUCGUUGACGCCACCCAGGACACCGCCGGCACUGCCGCCGAAGCCGCAGUUUCGCAAUAACACACUGAUUUUGAAGAAGAUCCCAAGUCCAUCGUUUCUGAUCGAUGAAAAAAGACAACAAGACGCAGGCAGCAGCACAGAUCCCACGAAAAGGAGCAUUCUAGGACUGGUAUCCUCUUCGUCAUCAAAAACGGCGAGAAGUCUGAAUUUGGAGGAGACGAAAAGCUCGGCGAAAAGUUUGGCGAAAAAUUCGGCAAGGGGUUCAGCGAGGAGCUCGAAAGCUCGUGAAGAGGGCGGAUUCUGGAAAAACAGAUUCAACCACGUGCGAUCGUCGUUUCAAGUCAGGCAGAAAGAGUCGGACCAGACAAAAAGUGCGGCCAAAGUGACGAACAUUGUCCGACACUUUGAGGAAUUCAAGAUCGAUCCUGAGGAGCAGACGAAAGAUCGAACGCGUCCGAAGGAGCGCCAUGUCGAACUUGAGCAUAAUUUCGAUAUCCGACAAAACUUCGAAGAAUUCAACCUGGACGAGUGCGAUCUAUCGGACGAUCCGGACAGACCUGAGGGCGACGGUUCUGAGAGAUUAGGCCACACGAUCGGGCACAGUAACGUCAGCCAGAAUGAGAACGGCGUUACCAAAGACAACAAUAACGUUCUCAGUAGCAGCAGUAGCAACGGUAACAGCGAGACCAGCGGAAGCAGCGGCUACGAUCAUUUCCUGGAGGCAACCGGCCUCAGUAACAAAUCGAUCCUCACACCUUCGAGAUUACUGAGUAACCACAAGAGCAUGCUAAAGCCGAAGGACGUGAAAUACAAGAGCAGGAUCAAGGCCACGGCGGUGUUGGAGAGGCACGGGGUGCAGCCGACUCCUGGCAGCAACGCCACAACAACGCACGUCAGGCACUGGACCGGACCGUUCGUCUGACGACUGGCCAACGUCCUGCCGGGCAAGAACAUCUUCCGCGCCGCUGCCUCCGUCGACAGCUCACCGAUGAGGACAAAAUCCAAGAGGUCUUGAUCCUUUAUCACUAACGGUUAAUUAAAGAAACGGUCUUAUUAACGACUUAGUACUGAGUAAUUUUUACUCUUAAAGUGCAAAUGUUUCUACAGUAUUGGUCGAGGAACAGAGUCUUAAUGGAAUUGUGAGCAAGAGCGAAUUUCGUAUUUUUAGGAAAUUGCGCUCCUAAAAUGUGUAAUAUUAUAAAUUAUAUUAUUUCUAAUAUAAUUACUAUAUAAGAAGAAUAAAAUUGCACAAUUUCUUAAAGAAGAA